GUGAGCGCUUCUGCCGUCGCGGAAGUAUGACCGCGUGCCCUUGGCUGAGAGGCUACGUCACCGGAAGUUGUCUUGUGUCGUUUUAUUUAAUCGACUUUCCCAUGUGCCGUUGUGAACCUCGUUGCCUUUCUAAGGAUGCCCCUACACAAGUACGCACCUCGGCUAUGGGAAACGUUAAAACUUAAGAAGGGGAUAUAUGCACGCUUACCCGAACACUACCUGCGCUCACUGCAGGAGACACGGCCUCCUACGCCAGUUCACUGGAAACCUCUAGGGGUUAAAUACAGAUUGAAUCCCAAAACUGGUCUCCGAGAACGUGUGCAAGAUGUACCAAUAGAGGUCUACUACCCCCCCGAGUCACAGAAUGGUCUGUGGGGAGGAGAAGGGUGGGUGUCGGGGUACAAGUAUGCCAACAACGAUAAGCUCUCCACUAGACUGAAGAAAUGCUGGAGGCCUCAGUUGUUUGACAGAAACCUAUACAGCGAAAUUUUGGACCACAAGUUUCGAAUCACAGCUACUAUGCGCACCCUGGACCUUAUUGACGCAGCCUAUGGCUUUGACUUCUAUAUUCUCAAGACCCCAAAAGUUGACCUGAACUCCAAGCUUGGCAUGGACCUGAAGAGGGCAAUGCUACUCCGCUUGGCCCGUAAAGACACAGAGCUGUACCCUGAAGAUCUUGUUCGCAGAGAGAGGAUCUAUGACAAGUACAAGCAGUUCGUGAUCCCUGAGGAGGAGGCUGAGUGGGUCGGUCUGAGUUUGGAGGAGGCCAUGGAGAAGCAGAGGCUUCUGGAGCACAAGGAACCAACGCCGCUGUUCCUCAAGUGUGUGGAUGAUCUUGUGCAUGAAUUUGCUGUUCAGAAGCUCUCUGAACCUAAAGUAGUUGAGAAGUAAUAAAGGCCUGGGACAGUGUGGCUAGGUCAUGUGGCUAGGUCAUGUGGCUAGGUCAUGUGGCUAGGUCAUCAUCCAGCAAGACAUCUUUAUUUCUUCUUUUGGUCCAACAUUUACAGCUGAAUUUACUGGCACCUGCCAUUGAACAUUUCUUCAGUGGAUCUUUUAUUUAUUUAAAAUAAACAAACUGCUUCUCAUUCUGUUAGUGGCUAAGCGCCAAAUGCUUUGUGAUGCUGAAACCAUCUUGGGGUGUGGUGAUUCAAAAUCAUCAAGCCUGUUGCCACACUGACCACUUUUAAAGUUGUAUUUUUUUAUUUAAUUAAAUGAACACCAUGUGCGAAGGUUAUGAGUGCUGA